AGUGCGCAUGCGCCAGCGUGACAGUGUUGAGCAUGUGAGGUCGGGAGUGUUGUCAUUGGAGCGGAGACUGUUAUUAUAACAGCCUGUCUGACUGAUUCACUGAUCAGCGUCUGAUCGGAAUGAUUAUUCAGGAUUAAUCUGAUCUGCUGCGGGUUUACAGACUGGUCAUAAUGUUUCGGCAGAGUACAGCGCUGCUGUCUAAACUCAGACACCUGAGUGUUUUGCGGAGGCCGAAGAGCAUCUCAGCCCCUGAGCGAGCUCUUCAGUAUGCGGUCGGUCAGAAGAUCCAUGGAUUCACUGUUCGAGAGGUCACGCCGGUGCCUGAUCUGUUCCUGACAGCAGUUAAACUGGAUCAUGAUGUUACAGGAGCUCAGUACCUGCAUGCAGCCAGAGAUGAUUCCAACAACCUGUUCAGUGUGCAGUUCCGGACCACACCCAUGGACAGCACAGGCGUUCCCCACAUUCUGGAGCACACCGUUCUGUGUGGAUCUCAGCGCUUCCCCUGCAGAGAUCCCUUCUUCAAAAUGCUGAAUCGCUCUCUCUCUACCUUCAUGAAUGCCUUCACAGCCAGUGACUACACCAUGUAUCCAUUUUCCACUCAAAAUGCCAAAGAUUUCCAGAAUCUUCUCUCUGUCUACCUGGAUGCUGUGUUCUUUCCUUGCCUUCGUGAACUGGACUUCUGGCAGGAAGGCUGGCGUUUGGAGAAUGAAAACCCUACAGACCCCUCAUCUUCACUGGUGUUUAAAGGGGUGGUCUUCAAUGAGAUGAAAGGAGUUUUUUCAGACAAUGAAAGAGUGUAUGCGCAGCACUUGCAGAAUAAGCUGUUGCCUGAUCACACAUACUCAGUGGUGUCUGGAGGAGAACCGCUGGCCAUAACUGACCUGACCUGGGAACAGCUUAAACACUUCCAUGCUACACACUAUCAUCCCAGCAAUGCAAGGUUUUUUACGUAUGGAGACUUACCUUUGGAGCAGCAUUUGAAGCAAAUACAGGAGGAGGCGCUGUGCAAGUUUCAGAGAACUUAUCCCAACACUGCAGUACCAGCUCAGAUUCACUGGCACAAACCGAGGGAAGAUCAUGUGACCUGCAGUCCUGACUCAAUGGCCCCGGACCCAACUAAACAGAACACACUGUGUGUGAGCUAUCUGCUGGGAGACAUCACAGACACGUUUGAGGCCUUCACUCUGAAUCUGCUGUCGUCUCUGAUGAUCUCUGGCCCUAACUCUCCAUUCUACAAAGCGCUGAUAGAACCCAAGAUAGGCUCUGACUUCUCCUCUGUAGUAGGGUAUGAUGGCAGUACAAAGCAGGCAUCGUUCAGUGUUGGUCUGCAGGGCAUGGCGGAGGAAGACAUAGAGACAGUCAAACGCAUCAUCAACCAAACCAUCGAUGACAUCAUUGAGACUGGGUUUGAGGAGGAGAGAAUUGAAGCUUUACUGCACAAAAUUGAGAUCCAGAUGAAGCACCAGUCCACCAGCUUUGGCCUGGCUCUCGCAUCUUACAUUGCAUCCUGUUGGAAUCAUGAUGGAGACCCGGUCCACUUGCUGAAAAUCAGUGAGAAUGUGUCCAGAUUCAGACAGUGUCUGCAGGAGAACCCUCGAUACCUACAGGACAAAGUCCGGCAGUACUUUAAGGAGAACACCCACCAGCUGAUCUUGUCUAUGAGUCCAGAUGAGCAGUACGUGGAGAAACAGAAUGAAGCAGAGCUGGAGAAACUCCAGCAGAAAAUACAGGCUCUUACUGAAGCUGAUCGUAAAAACAUUUACGAGAAGGGUUUGCAGUUGCUUUCUGAACAGAGCAAAACUCAGGAUGCCUCCAGUUUACCUGCCCUGAAGGUGUCUGACAUCACGCCCACCAUACCGUACACACCUGUGCAGAUGAGUACAGCAGGAGGAGUUCCUGUCCAGUACUGUGAGCAGCCCACUAACGGCAUGGUGUAUUUCAGAGCCAUGUGUAACCUCAACACCCUGCCAGAAGACCUGAAGAUCUACGUGCCCCUCUUCUGCAGUGUCAUCACCAAGUUGGGCUGUGGAGAGAUGGAUUAUCGUCAGCAGGCCCAGCAGAUGGAGCUAAAGACCGGAGGAAUGUCCGUAACGCCACAGAUAUUAUCAGACACGGCAGAACUUGACUUGUAUGAACAGGGGAUUCUUCUCAACUCUUCCUGUUUGGAGAGGAACUUGCCUGACAUGUUUAAUCUCUGGAGUGACCUAUUUAACAGUCCUCAUUUUGAUGAUGAGGAGAGGCUGAGAGUGCUGGUGAUGAUGGCAGCUCAGGAACUGUCUAAUGGAAUCUCGUAUUCGGGUCACUUGUACGCGAUGACCCGGGCAGCCAGGACUCUCACGCCCUCUGCUGAUCUGCAGGAGACCUUCAGUGGAAUGGACCAGGUGAAGUUUAUGAAGCGAAUGGCUGAGAUGUCUGAUCUGACGUCUGUGUUAAGAAAGCUGCCAAGAAUAAAGAGACAUCUCUUCAAUCCAGAUAAUAUGAGGUGUGCAGUGAAUGCUACUCCUCAGAAAAUAGCGGAUGCUGCAGUAGAAGUGGAGAGGUUUAUGGGUAAUAUAGCCUCUCACAGAAAAGAGCGAAAACCUGUCAGACCAAAUAUUGUUAAGAGACCAUUGGAUCUUCAUGCUCCUUCUGGAUCAGCUGCCAGUCGUAAACUCAUCUCUGAGGUUAAUUUUAAGCCCUGUCAGAUGAAGACGUAUUUUGAGCUGCCGUAUCCCGUUAACUUCGUUAGUGAGUGCGUGCGCACUGUCCCCUUCACACACGAGGAUUAUGCCAGUCUGUGUGUUUUAGGAAGGCUGAUGAGUGCGAAGUUCCUGCAUGGAGAAAUCAGAGAAAAGGGUGGAGCUUAUGGUGGUGGAGCAAGAAUGGGCGGAGGCGGCCUGUUCUCAUUUUACUCGUACAGAGAUCCUAACUGCUCUCAGACUCUGGGGGCAUUCAGAAGUGGUGUGGACUGGGCCAGAGACGGAAAGUUUAUGCAGCAGGACGUGGACGAGGCUAAGCUGUCUAUCUUCUCCGCUGUGGAUGCUCCCAUUGCCCCCUCAGACAAAGGUUUGGGGCUGUUUUUAAACGGGGUCAGUGAUGAGAUCAAACAGGCUCACAGAGAGAGACUAUUUGCUGUAACGCACAAAAACCUUAUAGACGUGGCUGGCCGGUAUCUUGGUAUUGGACAGAGGACGCGAGGAGUGGCAGUUCUGGGUCCCAAAAAUGAAAAUAUAAAGAAAGAUCCAUCUUGGGUUGUUAAAUAGAGAAUAGUUUUCUUACCGGAUCAUCAAAUGACUCCUGAAUUCUUAUCAAAUAGAUUUAAAACAUUCUUUAUCAGUCCGUUUUCUCUUGUUUACUUUUUCCGUUACUUUUUUUUUUUUGGCAACACGCACAAAGUGGUUCAUGUGAAUAGAAGAAAUGGACUUUAAAACCCUGGAUCUCAUUGUUGUUGGAAGUCCUGUAACUCCAUGAAGAAUCUUUGUCACAAUAUAUUAUUCCAUAAGUGAUCCAGUGGCAUUUCAGUUUUACAGGCCAUUAAGUUUACAUCAGUUUCACACAUGAUGCACUGCAGUAACGGCUGGCGGUGAUUGACUGAUAUACUUCAGAUGUAGUUCAGAUUCAGAAGGUUUUUAUAUGUUGUUUUGAGUUACAGAAAACAUUCCUUCAUCCAUUUUCUGAAAACUUAACCCUGCAUGUUUUUUUUUUUUUCUAGUAUGAAGUUCAAAAUAAAUACCUCUCAAAUUCAGUGUUAUAUAGCAGUCAAAGCUAAACUUAUAUAGUAUUUAUAAGUUUUUUUUAUUGUCAGGUAACUUUAAACGCACAACAGCACAUAAUCUGUAAUGGAUAAGGUUUAAAGGGUGUUCACCAAAACACUGACACUGAUAAAGCUACCUAAGCUACCUUCUUGAUCUUAGUCUUGGAAGCAGUUUAAAUGAUUAAAUGUUUCUUCAGAUCAGAUUUUUUGGCUAUGUUCAUCAGACUACAAUCCUAAAAAUCCUAUUUUUGCCAUGUUUAGAUAUUUCAUAGUGUGAACAGACAAGUUGAUUUCAAUGUGUCUGGGACAAACAACAAUCUCAUCAAAUCCAGAAUGGCAGAAGUGUGUGGGGUCCAAAAAGUGUGCCGCCAAAGUUGGGAUACUGACGCUUGACGCUACCCUCACCAACUACAGCAGUUCCUGCAGAGGCAUUUGUGAUGUCCAGAGAGGCAAAUCCAAGCUGAACAAAGUAUCUAGUUUAAGAAGCAUUUUAUUUACCUGAACACAGAGUGUUGUAGUAAAAAGUCAUUUUGACAAAGUGUGAAUGUGUUCACUCUGGUUGAACUAGUGCUGCAUAAUACUGAAAAAAAAGUACAUUACAUUUACACUAUUUUUUUUUCUGUGAUCUGUAUUGCGAUAUUGAAAAAUACCGAGAUUUUAACCAGGUCAAUGAUCCGACACUUCUCAAUAUUAAUAAUGUACUCAGCUUUACUCAAUACUGAAGUAAAAUGUGUCCCAGGAAAUGAAAGCAGUGUACAUGUUUCUUUUGGUUUUAAACAAGCAAGACAUUUUGAACACCCUGAGAUAACUGCUGAGAUGCUGUUGAAAUGAUCUAUUGUGCAGCCUUAUCUUGAACACAAUCCAGCAGUUUUUGAGAGAAAGAAAAAGUUAUUUUUUCCAGAAAUUGUGUUAAUUAAAUAAAUUCAUUAUGCAAAGAAAAUGCAUAA